GACAGAGUGCGGAAGUGGAACGGGAAGAGGAAGUUUGCGGUUAGGGCUUGUAUAGAUGGGUCUGUAACAUUACAGGUACCCGUGUUUCUGUAGUUGCCUUCUCUUUUCUGCUUAAGUUCAUCUAUCGAUUUGUUUUGCCAUUAUGAUCUUGUUGGAGGUGAACAACCGCAUCAUUGAAGAGACUCUCGAACACAAGUUCGAGGCGGCAGCUAGCGGCAACAAACCAGAGGUAGUGGAAGUGACGUUUGCAGAUUUUGAUGGCGUCCUUUAUCACAUUUCAAAUCCUGGUGGUGACAAGACAAAGCUAUUGAUUAGCAUUUCCUUGAAGUUCUACAAGGAGCUGCAGGAUCACGGUACAGACGAGCUGUUGAAAAGAGUAUACGGGAGCUACCUGACUACUACUGAAUCAGGCUAUAAUGUUUCACUUCUUUAUGAUCUUGAAAGUGUCCCAAAGAAUAAGGAUGAGAUUGUCCAUCAGGCAGGCAUGCUGAAGCGGAACUGUUUUGCUUCUGUCUUUGAGAAGUACUUUAAAUUUCAGGAAGAAGGCAAGGAGGGUGAGAGGAGGGCUGUCAUUCACUACAGAGAUGACGAGACCAUGUAUGUUGAGGCGAAGAAGGACCGUGUCACUGUGGUGUUUAGUACCGUGUUCAAGGACGAUGAUGAUGUCAUCAUUGGAAAAGUUUUCAUGCAGGAGUUUAAGGAGGGGCGGCGUGCAAGUCACACAGCACCCCAAGUCUUGUUUAGCCACCGAGAGCCACCCCUGGAACUGAAAGACACUGAUGCAGCAGUGGGUGACAACAUUGGCUAUAUCACCUUUGUGCUUUUCCCUCGUCAUACCAGCGCCAGUGCCAGAGACAACACCAUCAACCUGAUCCACACGUUCCGGGAUUACCUUCACUACCACAUCAAGUGCUCCAAGGCUUACAUACAUACAAGAAUGAGAGCGAAGACCUCCGAAUUCCUUAAAGUGCUGAACCGCGCUCGACCUGAUGCAGAAAAAAAAAGAAAUGAAGACCAUGUCGGGGAAGACAUUUGCUUCACGUUAAGAAACAAGAACUGCCUGCCAUGCUGGGACAAAUGUUGCUGGAUCUCUGUACUCUUAAUAUGGCACAGAGCAACAGACAAAGUCCAUUUCUGGGCCAGAAAAGGAAAACUUCGCUUUAACAAGCUGUGCUUGCGUUGGCUAUGUAGUUUCAAAAGAAAAAAUAUCAAGUGCAAUCAGUCACAUUUUGUUUUUCCCUACUUUUUAAAGGCAGUUUUACUGCACUAUAUUUUAACACGUUCAGUAUUCCCGUGAGGGACGCACUUCAAAAUGUGUCACAUUCCUUUGUAUUUGAAUUUGGAUGUUUUCUGUAUUAUAGUACAAAUAAGGUGUUGGGAACUGCAAUAAAGUUGCUCUUUUGUGUAAGAAA